AUGGACGCCGGACUGGACAACGCUAAUCCCACCAUCAAGAACCCCUUCGACCUGCCCUCUCGCCCUUCGGCAAAGGGCCUCUCGAAGCCCCAGGGACUGUUCGAUGCCUUGGCACCUGCGUAUUCCACGCUGACGGACCCACUCUCCUCGCCAGAAUCGCUCUCCGACCUGUCCGACAGCGACGAUGAGCGCGAGGAGAUUGACGAGCAGGAAGUCUACGACCUCAUCUCAACCAUCACUGACCCCGAGCACCCUCUAUCUCUGGGAUCCCUGGGAGUCGUGAACCUGGAUGACAUCAAGAUCUUCCCGCCUUCAUCUCCACGAUCCCGCAUUAGUUCAGUGCAAGUGCUGAUAACACCCACCACCUCGGCGUGUUCCUUGACCACAGUCAUCGGACUGGGUGUCAAGGUCAGACUGGUCAAUGCCCUGCCUCCGCGUUUCCGCGUGGACGUGCGCAUCAAAGAGGGCACGUCCUCUUCUGCAGACGAGGCCAWCAAGCAGCUGGGCGACAAGGAACGCGUUGCCGCUGCCAUGGAGAACGCCAACCUGAUCAAAAUGGUCAACCACAUGCUUUCCUCGUGCGAGCAGUAA